AUGUCUAUCCACGCUAAUGGCAAGACACCUGCGCAGGCGUUUAGUAAAUCGCCAUUCCGUACUCGAUCUGAUUUGCAAGAUGCCUGUCGCGCGCUUCUUGACCCACUAGUUCCUCUCUUCACCCCCGGUGGAAGCCGGGUGAAGAUCGGCACGUCCACGACUCGUUUUGACGAAGGCGGCGCCCAGAUUGAAGGAUAUGCCCGUCCUCUUUGGGGUCUGGCAUCCCUGGUGGGUGGCGGGUAUGAAUACGCGGAGGCCAAUCGCUGGCGCGAAGGCAUUAUCAACGGGACGGACCCGAACCACGCUGAAUUUUGGGGCAAUAUCGAAGAUCUCGAUCAGCGAAUGGUUGAAAUGUGCCCAAUUGGAUUUACACUUGCUAUUGCGCCUGGUACCUUUUGGGAUCCAUUAACGAGUGGGCAGAAAGAGAACGUUACGAAUUGGUUGAAUAGCAUCAAUGCACGAGAGAUGCCGAACACGAAUUGGUUAUGGUUUCGUGUCUUUGCGAACUUAGGUCUACGAAAGAACGGCGCGCCAUACUCUUUAUCCCGUAUUGAGGCAGAUAUGGACCAUCUGGAUACUUUCCAUGUUGGCGGUGGGUGGAGUAAUGAUGGUCCUAAAAGCCACCAUCAAAUGGACUAUUAUUCUGGCUCUUUUGCGAUUCAAUUUUUGCAACUUCUCUACUCCAAGCUGGCGAGUGAUUUCGAUGUUGAACGAGCUGAGCGCUAUCGGCAGCGUGCAAGAGAAUUUGCGCGGGACUUUGUGCACUACUUCGAUCCUGAUGGAAGCUCCAUUCCAUUCGGUCGCUCCAUGACCUAUCGAUUUGCAAUGGUCGGAUUCUGGGGUGCUUUAGGUUUUGCCGAUAUCGAGUUACCUGCACCACUCACCUGGGGCGUUGUAAAGGGCAUUCUUCUCCGACACUUUCGCUGGUGGGCGACGCAGGAGGACAUGUUCAACAAUGAUGGCACGCUAAGCCUCGGAUACUCGUACGCCAAUAUGUAUCUGACCGAAAACUAUAACUCGCCCGGGUCGCCGUAUUGGUGUUGCCUUUCGUUCAUUCCUCUGGUACUUCCGGAAGCUCAUCCAUUCUGGGCCUCUCCGGAAGAGCCUUAUCCUAGCGACAGCUUACCAGCGGUUGCGGCGUUGAAGUAUCCCAAGCAUAUUGCUAUUCGUCGUGGAGGGCACUCAUUUAUUCUGUCGUCGGGCCAAGCGUGCCACUAUCCAUUGAAAGCCACGCAGGCUAAAUAUGGAAAGUUCGCAUAUAGUUCAGCGUUUGGGUACUCGGUGCCGACAGGCUCUUAUCAGCUUGAGCAGCAUGCGCCAGAUAGUAUGCUUGCAUUAUCAGAUGAUGGUGGUGAUAUCUGGCAAACGAGACGACUUGCGAUAGACGCACACUUUGAGGAGCCCGACCCUAACGGCUCCCCAGUCCUUGUUUCCAGCUGGAAGCCAUGGGCCGAUGUCGAGGUUGAAACUAUUCUCGUGCCCCCGGGAAUUGAGAAUGAGAAUUGGCACAUUCGUGCUCAUCGCAUCCGAACCGGACGCGCUCUCCAAACCUCCGAGGGGGCAUUUGCUAUCUAUGGAUGCCGUAGUGACAAUGGCCGUAUUCUGGGGCCUAUGGGAGACAAUGACUCUGAAGGUACCAUGCACGACAAUCGUAGUGCAGUUGUUGUCUCAUCAGCGGGCGCUGUUGGCAUCGUUGAAUUGCACAAGAAGACCAACCGUUCCGGGCGGAUUGUCCUGGCUGAUCCAAAUUCUAAUCUUCUACAUGGUCGCACGCUAUUGCCUUCGCUUUCGAUGGACCUAUCUUCCGGUGAGGAAGUUUGGGUUGUAUCAGCCAUUUGUGCCAUUCCUGAUCAUCAGAGAGACUGGCGAACAGCGUGGCAAAAGGAACCAACCAUUCCUAGCUGGUUGCAGGAAAGGAUAAGCAAGACAAACUAG